ACGGUAUCUACCUGUGAUUCACUCUACAACAAACUAUCACCAUGGCGAGGAUGACCAUUAUUCUGCUUCUCAGCGCUGCCUUGGCUUUGGGCAUUGCAAAGGCCAAUGAUGUGGAUCAACUCCUUGCUUUUGAGGCUAAGGGGGUGGCGGAGCUGCAUGAGUUGCAGCAGGUGCAGGUGGAGGAGCAGGCGGUGCAGGAGGAGGAGCAGCAGGUGCAGGAGGAGGAGCAUGAGGUGCAGGAGGAGCAGCAGGGGCAGGAGGAGGAGCAGUAGGGGCAGGAGGAGGAGCAGCAGGUGCAGGAGGUGCAGGAGGAGGAGCAGGAGGUGGAGGAGCAGGAGGUGCAGGAAGAGGAGCAGGAGGUGCAAGAGGAGGUGGGGAGAGAGAGAGAGAGCAGGAGCUUGUGUCCCUCAGGUUGGACCAAAUACGAAU